AUGUCUUUUUGUCUGAGCAUUUCAAAGCUCUCUUUGGAGCUUCUGAGUGUCGUGGAUGGGGUUUCUUUUGAAUCAAUCUCCAACGUUCCACAAAAUCUUUUUUAUGAGGUUCGACGAUUGAGAAAACAGUUUUCAGGAGACUAUUUGGGCAUGGUUUGUUUAGGGGUUUAUAUUCAAAUCUUCAGUCAAUAUUGUGAAGCCGCUUUAGACUCUCAUAAUACCAAAGGACAGAAUUCUUAUCCAGCAAUUUACAUUUACUUUAUAGGUCAUUGGCGUGCAAACAGAGAAAGAUCUGAGUUCGUGAGGGAGAAAAUGAAUUCAAAACAUAUUUUAAGGCAACAGAAAAAGCAAAUCGUAAAAAUAUCCAGUAAAGAUGAUAUUUCUGAAGAUGAAAAAGCUGAAAAAAUAAGCGUCUUCAAAUUCUCAAAAGGAGCAAUCUCUGCUUGCAGACCGACGAUAUGA